AUGGAGCGGACGGUUGUGACGGCGUUGACGAGGCAUUGUAACUCAGACGGACGUGGUAUAUGCCCAAUCAACUUGAAGCGAACGGCGCUGAAGCAGAACGAGGACUACGAAAUGAUGAUGCACGUGGCUUUGUAUGCCCGAUACCAUAGCCGUAACACCCGUAUGGCUCUAUCCUUGCCGGCCAGGAAGAAGUGUCCCUCCCCUUCCUGGUGGUGUCCAGUGUCCAUCCUACCCUACAUGCAGCCCGCUGGUUGCCGGCAUCCGCACUGCAGCAAAGGCAGUGUCCGUGCCAUCUCCGUAGAUUGGAGAAAGACGCCGAACAACCAAGGUAGGCGAGCAAUAUCCGCUGUGACGAGUGGCAUGUAUGCCGCAGCUCUCGUCACCUUGACCGCAACUCGCGCCACGUCACCAGCAGGGCGCCUUGACCGGGCGACUUUGUUCCUUUCCUUUCUUUUCUACCCCUUGAAGGGCUUCAGGCGCGUGAAAAAGACACUCGUCACCGCCAAGAAGGAAAGCGCGCAUGCAGCGCAAUUCGCUGCCGUAUGUAUUCUCGUGCAACGGGUGGCCUCAAAGGGCAAGGUAUCCCUGCCGAGAGCCACGUUUUUGGGAUCAGCAAGAGGCCCGGACGACCCAACCUGGACAGCGUAG